UGCAGGCUCACUGGGUACCAGCGCUGCUGCAUCCGCGCCUUGCGGGGUACUGAUUCUUCUCCAGCUGCUCUGUGGCAGCCCAAAGGUGUGACCAACCUACGGCUCAGUUUUGUCUAUUCGAGGCUGAGGCCAGCGCCAAACAAACAUGCAGCGACUCAGGGGCAUUUUGCUGUGUCUGCUGCUGGCUGCGGCUGUCCCCACCGCCCCGGCUCCUGCCCCGACGGCGACGGGGACCCCAGUGGAGCCGGGUCCGGCUCUCAGCUACCCGCAGGAGGAAGCUACGCUGAAUGAGAUGUUCCGAGAGGUGGAGGAGCUGAUGGAAGACACGCAGCACAAACUGCGCAGCGCGGUGGAGGAGAUGGAAGCAGAAGAAGCAGCUGCGAGAACAUCCUCUGAGGUGAGCCUGUCAAGUUUGCCUGCCAACUAUCACAACGAGACCAACACAGACACCAGGGUCGGCAAUAACACCAUCCAUAUGCACCGAGAAAUUCACAAGAUAACCGACAACCAGACCGGACAGAUGGACUUUUCUGAGACAGUCAUUACAUCGAUGGGGGAUGAAGAAGGCAAGAGGAGCCAUGAAUGCAUCAUCGAUGAGGACUGUGGGCCCACCAGGUACUGCCAGUUCUCCAGCUUCAAGUACACCUGCCAGCCGUGCCGGGACCAGCAGAUGCUGUGCGCCCGAGACAGCGAGUGCUGUGGAGACCAGCUGUGUGUCUGGGGUCACUGCACCAAAAAGGCCACCAAGGGUAGCAAUGGGACCAUCUGUGACAACCAGAGGGAUUGCCAACCUGGCCUGUGCUGUGCCUUCCAAAGAGGCCUGCUGUUCCCUGUGUGCACAUUCCUGCCUGUGGAGGGGGAGCUCUGCCAUGACCCUACCAGCCAGUUGCUGGACCUCAUCACCUGGGAACUGGAGCCCGAAGGCGCUUUGGACCGAUGCCCCUGUGCCAGCGGACUCCUCUGCCAGCCUCAAAGCCACAGUCUGGUGUACGUGUGCAAGGCAGCCUUCGUCGGUAGCCACGACCAAACUGAGGAGAGUCUGCUGCCCAGGGAGACCCUUGAUGAGUAUGAAGAUGGCGGCUUCAUAGGGGAGGUGCGCCAGGAGCUGGAGGACCUGGAGCGGAGCCUGGCCCAGGAGAUGGCGUUUGGGAAGCCUGCCCCUGCGGAGUCACUGGGUGGGGAGGAGAUUUAGACUCAGACCCAGCUCAGCUGCUGGUAGAUGUGCAAUAGACAUGGCUAAUUUAUUUCCCCGGGAGUGUCCCCUAGGUGUGGGGCUGGCCAGGCAUUUUCCACAGCUCCUUCCCGGUAGUUUUUUCCCUGGCUUGACAAGGUGCAGCGCAAGUACGUUUGUUCCAGCUGCCCCGCUGCUCUGGGGCUGGGAGAGACUGAUGGGGUGUGGGAGGGCAGUGGCGAGCCACCCCACACCAUGGCCAGGCGCUAUGUUUUGUUCUUCAUGGACUGGAGAUUUGAUUGAAAGGAGAAGACAGAAAGGGGUAAAGUCUGCCCAUGGUCGGCCCGGGGGAGACAUGAGGAGGGUGCCUGCCCUGCAAACAAGGACCUGGCAAAAUGUAGCCAUUGCGUUUGUAUUGUGUCCCUUCCAUGGGCCGAGGCCGUGGCUGCGCAGGAGCUACGCUGUUCUUGUGGCCUCCCACACCUUCAUCCCUCCGCCCUCUCUUUCCGCUCCUCCUACCUCACCGUCAACACGCCCUUCACAUCCGCUCAGUCCCCUCAGCACAGCCUAGGAGCAAACCAGAGUGGGUUUCUCGCCAAGCCCCUUGUUCUCUCACUCCACCCCCCCCAGCCUUGGUGCCCCCAACAGUACUUCCAAAAGGAGGGGAGUGAAAUCCUUUUCUUUCUUUCUUUCUUUCUUUCUUUCUUUCUUUCUUUCUUUCUUUCUUUCUUUCUUUCUUUCUUUCUUUCUUUCUUUCUUUCCUUUUCUUUUCUUUUCUUUUCUUUUCUUUUUUUGUGCAUUUAAGGCAUGCCAGGAACUAAGGUCAGGCUAGUUUGCACAUCCCUCUAAGGUUAGAAGUAACAGCAUAGAGGCCAGUGGUAUGGACAUUGCCCUCUGCCAUUUGCUUCCGAAAGUCAGUAAUUGGAGGGCCCUUUGUGUAAAUUAAUUCACAGGAAGGACACUUGGGUAAUUGUAGGGCCAGGGUUAUAAAUGAAAUUUCCCUUGUUUAGCCACAAGGGAAGGCCUCUCUCAAUGGCACAGAGAAAUCAGAAGCAAGCCAGGCUGUGUGAAGUACGGCUGUGAUGUCCAGACAGAAGCUGGGCUGGGCGUUGGGUCUCAGAUGACUGUGUCAGGUGCCAGGAACUAUUUCCAUCCUGUCCUCAUCCAGAGUGAUUCAGCUUUAGAGCUGCGCCCAGUUGUCGAAGCAUGCUUUCUUCUGAGUUUUAAAUUAUGUAUAAGCACAUGCGUUGCGCUCAAAGAUCAGGUAUAAAUUACUUUGGCUACUGUUUGAUAAUUCUUGGGCUUCUUUUAUUUUUUUCCCUUUUGGCUUUCAAUAAAUAUAACCCCACUUCAUCCAGAACAAUAAAAUAAAGCAAUCUGUAGUAUAAAGAGACAAAAAGUCUUUCCAUAGAGGCAGAUUUUCCAGGCAUCUGCGGUUUACUUCUGGACUCUAUUGGAACAUUUAUCCUUGUCUGGAUGGGAAUGAGUUUUAGGAGAGCAAACUCCCGAAGGAACAAAUGGGACACGUGAGUCGUUUCUUGGAGGCGCCCUGUCAUCAAAGGCAGUUCUGGGUUUGGGCAGGAUGGGCAUCUAAUGAAAUACCUGAGGCAAUUAAUUUAUGUAUUUAAAAAAGCUUAUUUCUGUUCCGUUUUGGGUGUCAGUGUGAUCCUGUUGCCUGGAAACUGUGGUGGGGGCAGCACAGCAUGGUCGGGGGAAUGUGGUAGAGUUAGGCUGCUCCCAGGGAGAGAGAGAGGAGCACACAGUCCUCCCCCAGGACCCUAUAUGGGCACCAGGCUCUGCUGCAUUGGUCUUAGCUAUUCUCCUGGUGCUGACAAGAGCUGCCUGAAGGGUGAGGGUUCAUUUUGUAGCAGGCGAGGCACAGGGGUAGAGUGUGGGGCUGCUUCCCACAGUUCUGAGGACCAGGGGGCAGAGAAAGGGUAACACAAGGACUCAGCUUUCUCCUUUUUCCCCUUUCAUUUAUUCUGGGACCCCAGCCCAUGGAAUGGUGCCACCCCACCCAAAAGGGUGAGGUUCCUUCCUCAGCUGGAACUCUCUGGGAACUCCUUGCCUCAUAGACAGGUACAGAGGGUGUCUCCUAAAUGAUUCAAAAACCCAUUUGGUUCCAAGACACAGAAAGGCUAUGUAAUAACUUUUCCACAUAACACCUUUGCCAUCUAAAAGACUUUAAAUCUCUAAUCUGAAGAUAUCACAGUAAAGAAAUAUAAACAUUUAGAAAAACAGUAAAUGUAAGUACUUGCUAGUCACCUAUGUCCAUAGUAUGGGUCCAUUUGUCACUAAAACCUGUGCUGGUUAAAAUUUGCUGUGUUUUAUCUGGUAUGCUGAAAACCUAUGGUUUUAGCUACAAAUGAGAAGAUUCAGAAUAAAUGAACAACAUAUUAAAAAAAAAACUACGCAGGCCGAUAAAGAAGAUUGUUGUAGCCACCCAGUAGUGCCAUGGGGAACAAGCCUUUAACCAAUAGGUCUUCGGGCAGGAGGAUAGUUUACCUGGCCCAUAACAGAGCUGGGACACACCAAGCUCUUUAAGGACUAGAUUGGAGGACCCUGUAUAUUUAGGUCAACAGGGCAAUAGGCGCGGACUCUCUGAAUUCCAUAUAGCAGAUAACAGAAUGGGGGUUCGGAGUGUGGAGGAGGGAGAAGGUAGGUAAAAUGGCUUCAAGGGGGCACUGAUUAUUUCACUGUCAAACAUGGAGGUGUUCUUUAUUCGAUGGCAACUUACCAGGGCCCCUUAACUCCUGGGUCACCCGGCAGCUAUGUGUGAAGGGCUUGCUCAGAGCAGGGUUUGGAUGCUCCCAGAUGAGAGAGUCUCUGCUCUGAAAUCAUCUCAAUAGAAGACGGGACACAGCUAGACCAAGACGGGACACAAAGAGCUGAGCGCUAGAGGAGACCCAGCGGAGGGCUUAGCUUGGAGGGCCGCCACAAAAGGGAAGGACAAGGUUACUGGGAAGGCGGCAGGGAAACCUAGAGGGGAAACAGAUGAGAUUCUUGAUGGAUAGGAUGACUGGAAGCUAAGGCAAGUGUGAGGAAAUGCGUAGAGAUGAGUCAAAAUGGUUUCAUUGAAAACAAACAAAAAAGCCUGUUUGGUACCCACCAUGUAUCAAGUCUCAUUCAUAAAUGAAGGAAAACUAGGGUCCCCUUCCCAGAGCUAACCACCCUGUGAAAGGCCCAAAUGCUCAGCCAGGAAGACCACACCUCACCGUUGUUACUGGACCUUGGGAAGAGCCGAGCUGAGUGCCACUCUCAACUGGCUGCCUGAUCUUUUCUUGAAUUUGGUUCCUGCCAGGGAAACAGCAGCAGGAGCUAAGGUUCAGCUCCUUAGCAGUGAGCCCAGCAAAGGACCAGGACAGGUGCUUAGGAUGUGGCAUUGACUUCAGGGCCCUCUGAGGAAGCUGGGAGCUGUCAGGCUGCCUUUCUCCCCCCACCCUCCCCAGCCUUCAGCUAGUACUCACUUCUUAGCUUCUGUUAGUUUUUGACAGUCCUUGACCCAUGGCCCCUGCAUGACUUUUAUUAUUUCUGUGACUAUAAAUAUCCGACAAGAACAACUUAAGGGAGGAGUUUAGAGUUGAAAGGGAUUGUCCACGAUGGUGGCAGGAGUGGAGAUGACUGUUGUGUGACUUUCCUACCGGGAAGCAGAGUGCGUGGGAAGUGGGGAGACCUCAAGGCCCACCUCCAGUGGCCCACUUCUGCCAGCAAGGCUGACUUCCCUGAUGGUCCACAACCUUCAGAGACUGCUGCACACUGAGCACCAGCUGUUCAAAGACAAGUGGGUGCUGAUGGUGGUUGUUUGAUGAGAAAUGUCCCCUUUAGUCUUAGACACUUGAACACUUGGUCCCCAGUUGGUGAUGCUGUUUGGGGAGGGUUAGGUGAUGCAGCUGUGGCGGAGGAAGUGUGUCACUGGGGGCAGGCUUUGUCUGCCUUGAUUCUCUGCUUCCCAUGUGGGUUAAACAUGUGCCUCAGCUUCCUGGUUUUGCGCCAUGCCACUCUACUGGAGUGCCAACUGGAAGCCAAAAUAAACUCAAGUUGCCUUUGGCCCUGGUGUCUUAUUACAACAGAAAAGCAACAAACACAGGGGCCAUUUCUACAAGAGCUCCCUUCUUCAAAACCAGCAGUAACAGGCCCCUCUGGGUUUAUUCGGUGAAAAGUUCUCCACUCUCAAGGGCUUGUGUGACUACAUGGAGCUCACAUGAACAGCAUAAUCUUUACCCUGAGAAGGUCCUUGACCAUUAACUAUCACAUCCUCAACCUCUGUGCUGCAUAAAGUUCCUGGCAUUCUGUUUUGGGCCCUGGAUAUCUCUGGGAGAGUUAGACUGUCUAG